AUGAGCGGCGCUAUUAAAGCGCUGUAUAUCUACGAUGAAUACAACGCGCCGAUUUUAGAGCAUACCUAUCGGUCGCGGCUGCCUUCCGCAUCAUCUCUCAUUCGACUCUUCCUCGCACACCCCGCGCCGCGACCCUCGUUGAUCUAUCUCCCAGAAGCCUCGCCUCCUGUCACCGUCUUCUCCAUUGUACAUUCAAAUCUCCUAUUUUUGUCUCCGAGCGAUGUCGACACCGAGCCACUGCUGGUUCUGGAGUUUCUCCGCCGAGUUGUCGACGUUCUCGAGGAAUUCGUCGGCGCCCCGCUGCUGGCAACCAAGCUACAGACCAGCUAUGAUGUUGUCGCACAACUCCUAACAGAGAUGUGCGAUGCGGGGUUGGUGAGCAGUACGGAAAUAAAUUCGCUCCAGGAGAAUGUAGAGACACCGAAUUGGAUGAACAAAUUCCUGAGCGGAGUUGGGUUGCCAGGGACAUCAUCACCAGGCCUUACUCCACUUAAUCCACACAAAGCCCAGUUGUCCAGUACGGCCGCUUCUGCUGCCUCGGGCCCAGCCAUCCCAUGGCGACGGCCAGGCGUACGCCACACGUCGAAUGAAUUGUACGUGGACAUAAUAGAGACAUUGUCAGUGACUAUCGCGCCGUCCGGUCGCCUCCUCUCUGCUCUCGUCUCGGGCACAAUUGCCUUCACGGCAAAGAUUUCAGGGGUUCCUGACCUGCUACUUGCCCUGACCACUCCCGGCGGCCAAAGAGCAAUCAAUCAGAAAAUGGAACUGCCGGUGUUUCACCCCUGCGUUCGACUCGCACGGUGGAGGGAAAGACCUGGAGAGCUCAGUUUUGUGCCUCCAGAUGGCCGGUUCAUUCUCGCUGGAUAUGAGGCAGACCUUUUACCAAUAGAUCCAAACAUAGAUGCGCCGCCGAGGCAUAUGGAGAAACUAUUUCUGCCGGCAUUCGUUGAUAUCAAGAAGUCACUAGGCCCAAGCGGAAAAGAUUUUGAGGUCAGGUUAACACUGAACACAAGUUUUCCGGGCGCAAAUUCAGGCUUCCGGCCGUCUGGGGGUGGACGCAAUGGCUCUGGGAGCUCAACACCUUCAUUCCUAGGGGCUGGAUCUAGCGCCAACGGUUCUUCCUCCCCCACCCUCGAAGAAGUUGUUGUCCAUGUUCCCGUAUCCAAGGCUGUUCGAAAUAUCACCGAUAUGCGCCCAAGCCGAGGCGAUACUAUUUAUUCCCCUGGCGACAGCUAUUUAGAGUGGCGGAUACCAACCAAAGACGCUGGGACGGUAUCUGGAACAGCUACAUUACGCUGCACAGUUCUAGGCUACCAGGACGACCUUGAUGAUGCCGAAGCGGAAUUAGCAGCAGGCCAAGAGAUGCUACAGGGCUAUUAUGAUGCCGAUUCUUACCAACAAGACCCAACCACCUACGCAGCCGAACCCGGUCCGAGCGGAAAGCCCAAAAAAGCACGAAAACAAAAGUCCACCAAAACAAAGAAGACGAAAAAAACAAAAUCCAAAAAGGUAUCGACGGCGACACUCGAUCCACAAUCAACUAUAACGCCUAGCAAGCUGUCUCCCUCAGAAACACCUCCUCCGCAGAAUCCUCCUUUCCGGGAAACCGCGUCACGCAAAGAAAAACUACUAUCUGCUCUGAUGCCCACGUCAGCUUCUGUUUCGUUCUCUGUCAAGGGCUGGCUACCGUCUGGUAUCCGGGUCGACAGUCUAAAUAUUGAUCCGCGCAAGAGCCGAGGUCUGGGCGAAGGAGUACGGCCAUACAAGGGCGUAAAAUAUCUAUGUGUCAGUCGAAAAGGUGUUGAGCGGCGAUGUUAG